CGCUUCCAUUUGCUCUCCAAACUUCCUACACUAUUUACCUUUACCUCUACACACCACUCACUUAUCCUCAUAUCUCUUCUCUUUACUGUUAAACGAAGACAGUCUGAGAGGAAGAGAAGAGGAAAAAGUCCUGCAAAAAUGGCCUUGCAUGCACCAAUAAGGCUUCAAGCCACAAGAACAUCACCGCCACCUUCUCUUUUAGCUCCUAAUGGCAACAGUGUUGGUCUUAAAGCACCAUCUGAUCGUUUUGCUCUAAAAUCAUCCUUCUUUUCUCCUUCACUUCACCUCUUGAUUGCAUCUUACAGUCAGAAGCAGUCUCUUGCAUCUGCUGCACCAAGAUUCUCCAUGCGUGCUGCAACCAAGCAGGCCUACAUUUGUAGAGAUUGCGGAUAUAUUUACAAUGACAGGAAACCCUUCGACAAACAGCCUGAUAAUUACUUCUGCCCUGUUUGUGGUGCUCCUAAAAGGAGAUUUAGGGAAUACAUGCCUGCAGUGACAAAAAAUGUUAAUGACAAAGAUGUUCGCAAGGCACGUAAAGCACAGAUCCAGAAAGAUGAAGCAAUUGGGCGAGCUUUGCCAAUUGCAGUGGUGGUUGGAAUUGUAGCUCUUGCUGGCAUAUACUUCUACAUCAACAAUUCCUUCCCAGGUUGAAUGGCAGCAACUCCUUGUAAACCCCAGUGUGACACGAAUGUCAUCAUGUGAAUGCUGGAGUUCAUAGAACUUUUCUUGUAUUUUUUAUUCCAUUUAGGACAACAUAUGUUCAGUAGCACUUUCUGCUGCCACUGUUCUAAUAGUUGAAAAACAGUUGUCUUCUUAUCAUUCCAAGUAACAAUGAAAAAGAACAGAGUUUAAAGAUCCUCAGCUUGGUAAGCUGGGGAUAAGA